CGCCCCCCCAUCCAUUCACUUACUGCCUCUACUACUUAUGCAUUCAACUCAAUACAUCCUCCUUUUAACUCAAUCGCAACCCGCCUCUUCAUACUGUCCCGCAGCAACCAGGCAAAUAAAUCUCCAUCGAAGAGCCCAAUCCAUCGAAGCCCUGACAAAACACGAUCGAUCUCCUCUUGCUCAUUCUCCGCAAGUAGCGUCUCUCGGAAGACCGUCUGCGUCUCGGGAAUGAUGUAAGACUCACUUAGGCCAGCCGAGUGCCGGUUGGGAAAACCGACGAGAUUGAACCCCGGGAUGAUGUGCUACGGCGUGGCCGCCGCCAUCAGAUCGUUGCCGUCCACCGUCGCGAUCUGGCCGUCGCGGUACCACUGCGCCGGGUUGAGGAGCACCCAGGAGACCCCCGCGCGAGCUUCACGAGAACCUGUGGCCCAGCGGAUUGUCGGAGUUCUCAGGCGCGGGCAGCGCGCCGCACCAGCUGGUGAACGCGGUGAUCUUGCCCCCGGCCUGAUGGACCUCGUCGAUGGUCUUCACCGCGUAGAGGUGGUCGAUGCCCGGCUCAAGGCCAAUCUCGUAGAGGACGGUCACGCCGGCGGACUGGGCGGCGGCGUCGAGCGCUCUGAGGGCUGGGGAGGUGAAGCUGGCGGUGACGACGGGCUUGCGGUGGGUGAUGGCGGCUUGCACGACCGUGGCGUGGUAGGUGUAGGGGAUGAGGAAGAUGAUGAAGUCGGCGUGGGAGAUGGCCGUCUCGAGCUUUGUUUGGCUCGGAAAACGUCGAGGGCGAUGGCGGUUGUGUUAUGGUAGUUGCCGGCUAGGGACUGCGCGGCGUUGAGGGUGCGGCAGGCUACGGUGACAUGCACGCCUGCCUCGGAAGGAAUAGGAAGAUCUUAGCAGGAGGAGCACAAGCAUUGAUAAGUGCCGGCGGAGGAUGCUUUGCACCUAUUGUACUAGCAGUAAGCUGCCUUACUGCGGCUGCGAUAUGAGUGCCGUCUGUGCUAAGCAUAGGUAUCUAUUGCGGUAUGUGAUGAAUGACUCACGCCGGCGAGGUCAACGCAGGGUGGCAACUGUAGCACAGGUCGAGUGCCCUUGCAUCAUAUCAUAUGGCAGUGUAGACUAUAUCUAUGCCUCAACUUCUAG